AUGGGUCGCGUUCGUACCAAGACUGUCAAGAAGUCCGCCAAGGUCAUCAUUGAGCGUUACUACCCCAAGUUGACUCUCGACUUCGAGACCAACAAGCGCAUCUGCGAUGAGAUUGCCAUUAUUGCCUCCAAGCGCCUGCGCAACAAGGUACGACCACUCACUCUGAACUCUAGAAUACACUCUAGAGUUGUCACCAACAAGAGCGCAAGAACUGAUGUUUUUGCUUCAUCANNGAUCGCCGGUUACACCACUCACUUGAUGAAGCGUAUCCAGCGUGGUCCCGUCCGCGGUAUCUCGUUCAAGCUCCAGGAAGAGGAGCGCGAGCGCAAGGACCAGUACGUCCCCGAGGUCUCUGCCCUCGACUUCACCCAGAACUCCGAGUCUGGCAUGCUCGACGUCGACCAGGACACCAAGGACCUCCUCAAGUCCCUCGGCGUAAGUUUUGAUUCUUUCAACCGUCACACAACACUCAAUCAGCAACUAACAACAUCCUCANNGUUCGACGCCAUCAACGUCAACGUCGUCCCCGUCGCCCAGCAGCAGGUUGCCGAGCGUCCUCGCCGCUUCGGCGACCGCCUCCCGCAACUAAGCGCUUGCUCUCUUGCGGCCUCGGAAAAGUUCUUGACAAAAUUGGCGGGAGUUCUACAUGGCGCAUUAGUCUUGUUAGGUUCGGGUUUUCUUCCAAUGCAAAAUCUGCUCCCCCUCUGCACAACCAGGUGUCGCUGA